AUGGACCGUUUGCAGAUGACCAACAAGUCAUGUCGCAACAACCAACACAUCCGGCAGUCGCUGAUCACACUUAAGCCAGCUGUGGUUACAUCAGCGCACCCAAGACUCGCACUUGACUUUCUGCGUCGCUCGUUGCCUGUUAAAAUCAAAUGGAGUGAGCAGCACAACGCAGCUCUUUAUUAUAAUCUCUACACUGCUCUUGAUAUCGUGACAAGAUGGUUUUCGAAUAACAAAACUUCGCCCUCCAACUCAUGGGCGAUGCAAGAAAUGGCCGACCAUUUUCAUAAGUUGAGGGAUUCGUUACUAAAUUCUCUUGGUUUCUUCACCGUCGCAAGACAUCGCAUUUCCUUGAGAGAUAACAGUCCCACCAAUGCGCUCAUAUGUCAAACCCUGACCCAUUCCGAGGUGGAAGUUGGGGGUAUGAUUUUGCCCUCAAAGAACGCAACCCGAAAGCGCGGCUCUGGAGACGGAGAAGUUAAAUUCGAUAAUGGGAAGCACUGCCACUUCCAGAGUCCGCGAACAGGAAAGGGGGUAUUUGGAAAGAGGAGUGCAAACAAUGCGAUGUGCAAAUGCUUUGGAAGAUAUAUUGCAAGCUUUGGAAGAGCUUGCUCGCCAUUUUCGGUGGAGCUGGAAAGAAAGCGGUCGAUCAGAAGUCCUUCGCAAAGUGGAAUCACGACGGACGAAAACAUGGCGGUUGUGUCUCAGAAGUAUGGUGAAGUUCGCGAUAUUAUCGGCCGCGGUUCCUCUGCAGACAUAUUCUUAUCGCACAAAGUCCACCAGUGGAACCCGAACAUUGAUUGCUUUUAUGCAAUCAAGAUUUUCCGCCGCUCACCACGAACAAGUGAAACGAUUUUCCGGAGACGUAUUGAUGCCGAAUAUUCCAUUUCUUCUUCAUUGCGACAUCAAAACGUUGUUCGGACGUUCGAUCUACUCCAAAUCACAAGUGACUGCCUUUGCGAGUGCUUGGAGUAUUGCUCAGGUGGAGAUUUAUACUCAAUGAUUGUUGCGUCAGGCCAGCUAGGACAGGCUGAGAGCAAUUGCUUCUUUAAACAGCUCAUGCGCGGUACCGAGUACCUCCAUGAAAUGGGCAUCGCCCAUCGUGACCUGAAACCAGAGAAUCUUCUUAUAACAUCGAAGGGUUGUCUCAAAAUUUCGGAUUUCGGGUCUGCUGAAUGUUUUCGCCUCGCUUGGGAAGACGAUAUACAUAUGACAAGAACACGCCAUGGUUCACGACCUUACGUGUCACCGGAACAGUAUCUCAACAAGGUGUUCGACCCCAGGUUGGUCGACAUCUGGGCUGCUGCUAUGGUCUACGUUGCGAUGAGAACGGGUAGAAUCCCGUGGAAGAUUGCGACUGAAGACGACGAGAAUUUCAGAGAUUACAUUGAAGAUCGUAAAAUCGGACGAGGCUACUUCAUUAUUGAUGAAAUAUGCCAUGUCGAAAGCCGUCGGGUCAUAUAUUCAAUGCUAGAAAUUGACUACACCAGUCGGCCUAAGUCAAGCGAAGUUCUUCACUCUCGAUGGCUACAUGAGGUUGAUAUAUGUGUAGAUGCGGACACCGCGUCACUCCAGGGAGAUUAG